CCAGUAGACCGCUGAAACUCGUGGGCGGAUGGACGUCAUUCUGUUAAAACUCUCGCUCGCGUCGAACGUGCGAAAUAAAAAGAUCGCGAUGUGUGUCUUAGAUAGAACUUUUAUAACGAAGUGCCCGGGAAUGUGUCCGUGUGUGUGUUUAUAAACUUCUAUUUAGUUACGAAAGUUACUUCUGACAGAUGUAAUAUUUAUUAAAAACUAUACAAAACUAAUGAAACAGUGCAAUGAAGUAAGAGAAAUAUAUACUCAGUGUUGUGAACUUACAAUGUUGAUAUGGAAUUCGAUGAGUGUGAUAAUUUUACUGUCAGGAUGCAGUGUGACAGCGAACACCCUGGUCACUGGAAUUAAAACCAUAUUGAGGGAAUAUAUGGGACGGUCAACUACCGCUGGACAAACCUUGGCUUUGACAGAGUCAGGCUUCUUUGAAACCACAACCACGUUACAGGAAGAAUCCACUCAAGGUUUCCCUGAUGAUGACAGCACAAGAGAUUUAUCAGAAUUGUAUCCAGUACAGCAUGCGAUGUUGCCUCGUGGGGUAUCGGUGGUACCUCUACCCCUUGUGGGAUCAGACCACGAGCUCAUGUUUAAUGUCUCCUGGAAUCCCCCCCUCGGUCCGCCGGUAAGAGAAUAUUCACUAGAAGUACACAGCGUAACGGACACAGUCGACUGUCGCUCUAAUAUGUGCUAUGAGUACAACAUUCCGGGUGAUUCAUUAUGGAGUAUAAUACCCACCGUAUCGAGUCCGGUGGCAGAGGACUGUGCGGUGAGGCCAGGGUGCGCUUAUAAAGUGAAGCUGGUAGCCCAUCCCUGGGACGGACACACUGCUGUCAACCUCAACGUCGAACUCGACGAAUGUGUUGCUGGGAUCUGUUCAUGCGCGCACUCACCACGUCUGCCAACACCUGUGGUGGCAGCGAAGACGGUGUCCAUUAACGGUGACCUCUACGUUAAUAUCACGUGGACACUGCCACCACCGUCCCAACCACUACGGCUACCACCUAGAUUACAAAAACAGUCAUACUUGGUCAGUAUAGGCAAGCAAAUGGUGUCUGACGCACACCCUGCACCAUGGUUUGCCAGAACAAUAACCCGUAGAGUUGAAGCAGUAGGUUUCGUUGUAGUACCGGAUGUAGAAAGAUGGCAGCUCAUACCAAUAACAGAGCGGAGCGGGGAGCGGGUUGGGAAGCAGAGCGGCAAGAAUCAUAUGCUACAAAGUAUUCUACUUGAUGUGAAGCUACUUGCUCGCGUAAAUUUAAUGGAUGAGCGAGGAUGCAUCGGUCCAGCAGGAAACGCUACAGCUUAUGAUCCAGCAGACGUCGAAUCUUCGUCUAUUGGUACCUACGCCUUAUGGGCAGCAUUCGGUGGCGCGUGUAUGCUAGCUAUUGUAGCUCUGCUAGCGUUUAGUGCGCGAGCUGUGAAACGAGUGUUGAACGAAUUCCGCCCCGCUUCCGCCCCCGCUGUGUUGCAGCCACUCGGUCACCGCCCGAUAUGGUUCCCGCUUAGCGCGGACGAGGUAGCUCGCGGUCGAAUAGAAGAGAGUCCGCUCUAUGUACAUAAAACAUUUGAGACAAAUGAUAGUGACCAAUGGGAAGUGAACCGGUCGCGGGUUCACCUGGGAGCUUUGAUCGGCAGCGGAGCCUUCGGUAGAGUACACGCUGCGCUAUUGGACAUGCCCGGUGGAGAGUCUUUAACAGUAGCUGCUAAGAUGCUAUCCGAUAACGCAACAGAGGAAGAAAUGCAGGAUUUUCUCCGGGAGAUCGCCAUGCUUAUGCAUGUGGGGUACCAUAAACACGUCAUCAGGCUCAUAGCGUGUUGCACGCGACAGACACCCCUCAUUGCCUUACUAGAACAUGCCCCCAGAGGAGAUCUGUUGACUUUACUCCGAUCAGCGAGAAACAAGAGAUAUGAUACACGCAAAAUAUACGAGUCAAACUCGGAGUCAGGAGUGAAUGGACGUCCAUCAGAAGCUGAUACUGAAUACACAAACAUUAGUGACUCGGAUCCUCCCGUACACUAUGAGAAUUCUGAUGGGAAGUUAUAUAGCGAGACGGAUUUAGUAAAAAUAAAAGAUCACUAUGUAGCGGAACCAGCUCUAAAUCUUGAUAGUGCUACAAUGAGGGAUUACGCUUUGCAAGUAGCGUUGGGCAUGAGACAUCUCGAAGAAAGAGGUAUAAUUCAUAGGGACCUAGCGGCCCGUAACAUCUUGGUGGACGGGGCAGGUGUUCUUAAAGUGGCUGACUUCGGCCUCUCUAGAUCUGGCGUGUACGUCCACACACGCUUAAAACCUGUUCCAUUAAGGUGGCUGGCUCCAGAAGCGAUUUAUAGCUCGAAGUACUGCAGCGCCAGCGAUGUAUGGGCAUUCGCUGUACUUCUGUGGGAGAUAGCCACUUUAGGUGGUUUUCCUUAUGCUGAAUUAAGCAAUCACCAAAUUCCGCAGUUCUUGUCAAAUGGAGGACGUCUUCCGAGACCGGCCCGCGCCUCCCCACGCCUGUACCAGCUCAUGACCGAAUGUUGGUCGGACAAAUUAGAAGACCGUCCAACAUUUGCCCAAAUAGUUGACAAGUUGACCGUCCAACAACAACUCUACGUAGAUCUUGACUGUGUAUUUCCUCCUUUUGAAGACAAUUUUACAUCUCUUAAGUAUUAUACCCUCACCGACGGACCCGUCCGGUGAACUUAUUUAAAGACUGAUUAAUUAUUUUAUCAAUGUUAUUAUUCCCAUUGUUUUACUAUUAAAUCUAUUUAAAAUA